AUGCUAGCCGACUCUCCUGAGAACCCCGACCUCCGUGCGUCGGCAGGCGCCCCAGGCGCAGUCCCCCACCCGGGCCACCGACCCCGCUGCGCCACCGCUGCGCCCUGCGGCGCCUCCGGGGGUAGCUCGGGCCCUGCGGCGGCAGACACACCCCGGGGCGCGGCGGGGGUCGGUCUCCUCCGCUCAGCCCCGCGCCGCCCGCGUUCGAGGGCUCUUCCCUCGGCUUCCGGAGACGCGCCGCGGGGAGGGCCUGCCGCGUGCCGGGACACAAGUCUCCGGGGACAGCGGCCCAGGCUGCGCGGCUGCGGUGGCGCAGACGAGGGCCCUGGCCUCGGGGCGGCGGCGGUCGAGGGCAGGCCGGCAAGGGCGCCGGCUCUGAUCAGAGCCCUCUGCAUUCUCGGUGCCCCCUUCUCAAGCCGCAGCACCCCCAAACCGCCGCCGCGGCAACCCCGAAAGCGGGGCGCGGCCUCGCGCGGGUCCUCCCGGCCGCUGGGUGGGACCGGGCGCGCCGCCUUCCCGCCGGGGACGGUCGCCCUCCGGCUCCGCGGGGAGAGACGACGUCCCGGGCGAGCCCUCCCGGCGCCUCACCCGCCCCAGAGGCGCCUUCGUUCGCUUUGUGAGUCCGCCGCGCCGAAGGCCUCACGCCUCCCGCAGACUGAGUUCAGCGACCGCUUCGCCCUCGGCCUGGGUGGGCGCGUUCGGUUCUCCCCGCCGAGCUGAGAUUCUUUAAUGCUUACAGAGAUGUGCUUCUCAUGGUGUUAUCGCAAUUUCUGAGGAGAUAGAUCAGUCCCAAGGAGCAUCAACAGCCCCUGCACAGGCUGAAACUCCAAGACUAGAUCAUGAUAAGUUUCGGCGAGUUCUACACAGCAGCUCAGGACCCCAUUCCUUCGGGAAUUCCUACCUGGUUUGACCCAGAAGGCAGGGGGCGCUGAUGACAUCCUCACAGGUCCAUAUUGACCUCAAAGGAAAAGCCCUCAAAAGGUUUUCCUGG